AAAAAAAAAAAAACUAUUGUAUUUUAUCCUCUCUCUUUACCUUAGUUUUGGUUGCUUGAAAUGGCGGAAUCUGAGCCGGUGACGCCAUCGGCGUCGGCGCCGGCGACGCCGGGAACGCCGCUGCCUCUGUUUUCAGAGCCGAGAGUGGAUUCGCUGUCGUAUGAGCGUAAGUCAAUGCCGCGAACCAAGUGCUUGCCUGUGAUAGCUCAGACGUGGGGUCAAUCUCCCACCUGCUUCAACGAGUUCCCUACUCCAACUGUCUCCCUCAGCCGCAAGGUAGGAGCUGAGUUCGUAGGAACCUUCAUCUUGAUGUUUGCAGCGAGUGCUGGACCAAUCGUGAACCAAAAGUACAACGGAGCGGAGUCCUUGAUCGGAAACGCAGCAUGCGCAGGGCUUGGUGUGAUGAUUGUGAUUCUCUCCACAGGCCACAUCUCUGGUGCACAUCUAAACCCAUCUCUCACCAUUGCGUUUGCCGCCCUGCGACACUUCCCAUGGGUUCAUGUCCCUGCCUACAUCGCAGCUCAGGUUUCGGGCUCCAUUUGCGCCUCGUUUACUCUCAAAGGGGUUUUCCAUCCGUACAUGUCCGGCGGAGUCACGUUGCCUACUGUGAGCACUGGCCAGGCUUUUGGACUUGAGUUCAUCAUCACUUUUAAUCUCUUGUUUGUUGUCACUGCUGUUGCAACUGACACUCGAGCGUUGGGAGAGUUGGCUGGUUUAGCAGUUGGGGCUUGUGUCAUGCUAAACAUUCUUAUGGCAGGGCCAUCUAGUGGUGGUUCAAUGAACCCGGUGCGUACUCUCGGCCCUGCUGUCGCUGCCGGAAACUACACCAAGUUGUGGAUAUACCUCGUGGCUCCUACCCUAGGAGCUCUCGCCGGGGCAGGUACCUAUACAGCUGUGAAGCUUCGAGAAGAUGAGGUGGAUGCACCUGUGCGCAUGGCCAGGAGCUUCCGUCGCUAGUGCAAAACAAAGGCAAGCAUAUUUAGAACAAUAAUCUCUUGUCAAAUAAUUUUUCAUGUUACGUUACUCAACUGUUCAUAUUUAUAAUAUAAAAUAACAGUAUGAUAAUGUAACAUGCGAAGGGAAUGACAGAAGAAUAUUACCCUAGUAUGCUUAGUCCUUUUCAUGAUUUGUAUGAUAUGAUGUGAUGUGAAAGCUUCAGACAAAGUUGUAUAAGGAAUAAAGGGUAGGGUGGGAGAUAUAUGUAAGAUGUGACGGAAAGUCUUCGCGCCCUGGCCCAUUGGCUUUUCACUGUACAGUAGUGUGUGCUUGGUUGGUAUUGGCCAUCAACUCUCAGAGGGUCAUUGUCUGAUCGGACGCUCCUGCGAGAGGACUUUGGAUUGGCUCUGUUUGUUUGCUUUAUUUUUCUGGGUUUGCAAAGUGACUUUAUGUAAAAAACUGCACUAUAUAUGAUGCAUGGUUUGAUGAAUAAAAACUUAAUGUGUGUAA